CCUCCAAGGUCCCCAAAAGCCGGACCGCUCUGAUUCGCUCCCAAAAAUCACGCUUUGCAUGCGCCGAACCUCAUCCCUACCCCCGAGACCACGACUCAAGCGUGCCGGCCCAGAAACAGCCAAAGUCAAGCAUACUUCCCAGCUCCCUCCUCCCACCCUACGUCCCUUUUUUUCUCCGUACCUUCCUUUCUCCUCCACUAGAACACAGUCCUUGACCAAGAAUUCAAAACGCCUUCCUUGAAAGACCUAUUAGUCCUUCCUGUCGUCCCCCCUUCCCGCAAAACUAUUCCUUUCUUCCUUUAGUCAUCUUCCUCCACCUCCCCAUACCACCCAAAACUGCAUUAAAGAAACAUAUCCUACUUUCUUCCCAGUCUUCCCCAAUUCUAUAUAUAUUCUUUUUUUCCCUCAUCCCACCAACAAAAAGCUCGAGUCUUGAUCAUGGAGUCCCAUUCCCUCUGCCUCGACCUCACCAUCGGUUUUCCCAACCACAGCAUUGUGCAAGAGCCAAGCGCUCAUGCGUGCCUGCAGGAGGAGCUCAAGCGUGUUACCGAGGAGAACAGGAAGCUUACAUCGAUGCUCGCCGACAUGUGCGAAAGCUAUGACGAACUUCGAGCUCGGAUGAUGGACAUGAUUGGAUCCACCGCCGAGCUAGCGUCCUCCGACGGAGCGCGGUCUGGUUCCCCAACGCCGGCGAAACGUAAGAGCUGUGAGAAUGCCAGCAACGCGGCCAACAGCGUUUCGAGUGGGUGCUCUUUUAAGAAGGCGAAGGAAGAAGUAUCUAAGCCGAAGAUCUCGAAGCUGUACGCUAGAACAGAUCCAUCUGAUUCAGGCCUGGUGGUGAGGGACGGAUAUCAAUGGAGAAAGUAUGGACAGAAGGUUACGAAGGAUAAUCCAUGCCCGAGAGCUUAUUACAGAUGUUCGUUUGCUCCCAUUUGCCCUGUAAAGAAGAAGGUGCAGAGGAGUACUGAUGAUCAGGGCAUUCUAGUAGCCACUUACGAAGGGGAGCACAACCAUCAUCAGCCGUCUCCGGCUGACGUGCAAAACGCUAUUAGCCGGAGAACCGCCGAGCCGGCGGAUGGUUUCGGAGCUGCCGGAGAUUUGGCGAAGAAGGAUAGCAGGACAGAAGGAGUGGAAGCGCAGCAAGCAGAGCAGAGUGAAAGACUUGUGAAGAGCAUGGCUUCAUCGCUGACAACAGAUCCAAACUUCACGGCAAUUAUGACGGCGGCGAUCUCCGGAAGGUUAUUUGCCAUUCCCACACCGCAGGGGAAGUGAGAGUAUCUUGUCAUGCUUUAUUUUUGGUUUCUUGAUCAUAUAGAUAUAGAUAUUGAUAAAGGUUCCAUUCUUACAUUUCAAUCUUCUUUUGAUCAACAAAAUGUUGAAAUUUGGUUUAUUUAGACAUGUAUUAAA